UCCUGUCCUACUGGAGACUUGCGCGGGAGUGUGAGCAAGAACUCGGGCCGGCAAUCACAGUCCCAGGGGUGUCCCACUCCUGGGCUGAGGUGGACACAGGGUGCUGCCCACGGGGUCGGUAGGGCGCAGGCGCCGGUCUGGCAGAGCGCAAGGGCAGAAUGGAGGGGCUGGUCUUGCUCAAGGCCCUGGUCACCCGGCUGCUGUUCCUGUUGCAUUCCCUGGUCGCCGUCUGGAGAGUGACCUGGGUGAAGGAAGAGCACCGUUACUGGCUGCUGGCCCUGCUCAACCUCUUGCUGGUCCUGGAGACAGUGCUCACCCUCAAGUUCAAGCGCGGACGAGGCUACAAAUGGCUUUCUCCGGCCAUCUUUGUGUACCUGGUCAACAUCAUGCCGUCCCUGUGGCUUCUUGAAAUGCACCACGGAAACCAGUAUUGCAGCACCCAAUCUGAGAGAAUGGCACAGAACUUCAGCGGAAGAGGAGAUGCCAAUCAGACCCUGUCAUCCCACAGAGCCACCAACGGAAUGGGGAAUAUCCUUGAGCUGGCCAGAGGCUUUGUCGACAACUUAUCCAUGGUAUGUGAACCGGUCUGGACCUUAGGACUCCACCAAACACUCCUGCUAAUAUUAAUCAUUGGACGAUGGCUUCUCCCCAUUGGAGGCACCAUCACUAGAGACCAACUCUCAGAACUUCUUCUGAUGUUUGUGGGGACGGCGGCCGACAUACUGGAGUUCACUACUGAGACUCUGAAGGAAAAUAACGUCAGAACCAACCCUACUCUGGUCUCUGGCAUUCUUGUGGUGUGGACGUGGAGUAUGCUGCAGUUCCCCCUUGAUCUGGCAGUCCAGUUGAAACUGGUAUGCCCCGCCUCAGUGAAAGCCAGGGGCUUCCUUAGGGUUUUCCUGUGCCAGUACAGUGCGGAUCUAUGGGCCAUUGGUCUCAGCUUCUUCAUCCAAGACGGUCCCUUCCUAGUUGUGCGCCUCGUCCUGAUGAUCUACUUUAAAGUGAUCAACCACAUGUUGGUGUUCUUUGCCGUGAAGAAUUCCCUAGUGAUGGUUCUACACUUCUACCGACUUGUGGCUUUGAUUAUGGCCACGCGGGACUUCAUGCGAGAUCAUCCAGAAAGCCCCAAACUGGAGCACAGUGGCCCAGACCAACCCUCUGAGAGUGGUCCCAGUGAAUGGGAGGAUGCUUCCCCGGAGGCUCUGCCUUUGCGAACCUCACCUGUCACCUCUGAGGAGUCUUACCCAACCACACCUUAGUUAUUGUUUCCAACAUGAAGCUGCGAGGCUUAACUCGUUUCUUCUUACGCCCCCAUGUUUGCAUACACCAUUUUUUUUAAAAGAAAACAAUACGAAAAGAUGAUCUUGUAUCAAAGCCAAGGUACUGCUCUAUUUUUUUCAUCUGAGUGGAAGGAACUUUGACGUCGAGUGGCUGUCUCUACAACGUCCUGCUCUGGUAGCGGACAUUACACCGCUCCGAGAACCAUUCUAAGUGAUUGGUUUUUAUGGAACUGCUUGAAAGGCUGUAGACAGAAUGGCAUAACACACCCUCCAAAGAUUUAAGGCUGACAUUUACCACCCCCUUCCUAUCAAUGCUCUCCCGUGUGCCUAGUGCUACAGCUUUUGACUGGCUGGACUACGUCACUCUCACAUCUGAGGUUUUCUGCAAUGUCCCUCCGCCAUU